ACCCCUCUUCGUUGCGACAACUCCCCGUGUCGAUGUAGUUUUUGGGACGGCAGCAAAUCGAGUCGGACGUUCUGGGGACCAUAAGGAACGGGCGCCGGCAGUGCAGCCCCUCGUUCUUUUACGCGAUCGCGCAGGCGGACCAGGUGCUCAGUGGGGGCGAGAACUUUUACGGGCUGUGGGCGGGCUUUGUGAAGCGCGGGUUGGUGGUUGGAUGUGUACUCACCCCACCCAGUUCGAGGUCGAGGUGUUUCCCCAGGGUUCGAACCAGAACUUAGGUCCAGUUUUGGAAGCUUCGGUCCGAAUAUCACACGAGAGCCUGAAGUGGACCUGCCCCCAGUUCUGGGUUCAGACACUGUGCAGGCGUUCAGGACGGUUCGGCACCGUCCUGAACGGUUCCGAGCCUCGACUUGAAUCUGCCCAACAAGCGAGCAAAAGCUGGUCAGUAAACAGCAAGGGCUGGUGGAGGACCAAAGAGGACACGAUCCAAUGGUUCCAAAGUUCAAACACCGAUAACGGCCCAACCAGUGUGACGAUGGGAUCGCUUGUCGUGACGAGACUGUACUUAUCGCCUCUGUCCGAUACGAAGAUGUCUGGCGACAUGGAAUCCACGGAAGGAAAGAUCGAUUUCUCGCUCACAGUCGUCGGAGCCACUGGUUUAUCUACACCUGAUAAUCACCCGACGGGCUUCUGCGUGGUCGUGGAGGUGGACGGAAAGAAAGAACGGACAGCUGAGCUAGCACCCUCACCUCAGUCAACCAUCGAAUGGAACACUUGUUUUCUGCUGCAUGUGUUCUCGACUCAGUAUCUGCAGGGAGCCUGACCAUAUC